AUGGCCACUGUCAAUCCUGACGAGACCCCCAGUGAGGAUACUCAGUUGGGCUCUGCCUCCUCUGCACCAUCGACCCGGUCUGCUUCUCCAGCUCCAUCCUCAAACAAUCCUCCCUCUUCACCAAACCCGUCCUCUUCAUCCUCUCGCCAUAACACACCUACCCUCAGAAAAAGGAAGAGGACAGAUAGCCAGAGGAUUUUGGACUUUCUCCAAGCAGUCGGACAAGGAACAGAGAAGACACGAGGAGUCAGAGGAGAAGACUUCGCGCUUUUUAAGUCUCUUCGAGACGAUGGUGGAAAAGCUGUAGCUAGCCUGCUGCUGUGUGGCUGUUUGGGAAAACAUGUCGUCUUGUUUUAG